AUAAUUUUUCAUUUCUCACUCUCUCUCUCUUAAAAAUCUGUCCUCAGAUUUUAGGUUGCGUUUGUGAUCAGGAACAACAAGGGAGGGGAUUCGGGGUUUCUGGGCUACACAGAUCUAUUUUGGGGAUCGAUUGAGUCAGGUUUUACGUUGGGUUGUCAAUCAUAUUCUUGGAGGGAGGCAUGUCAGAUGAAUCCACCUCAGAACCUGGAACCAGCAGCUCCUUCUCUUCCGCUGUCAGCGGCGGCACGACUGUCAAGGAAUGCCAAGACAUGAUUCGAAGAAGCCUCCAAACUCCAAUGGUGAAGUUUCUACUAGAGCAUCUGGAUAAAUCUGGGUGUGCCGUUGGGGACGGGUUUAUCAAGGCCGUUCAUUGCGAUAAGGAAUUUGGCGGAGGCUAUACCCGCGGCGAAGGGGUAAUAGUGUGUAGUAAUCACAUGAACAUGCAAGAUGAUGUCAACCAAGUAGUGAUACAUGAGCUAAUUCAUGUUUUUGAUGAUUGUCGGGCUGCAAACUUGAACUGGGCUAAUUGUGCUCAUCAUGCUUGUAGUGAGAUUCGUGCAGGCCAUCUUAGUGGUGAUUGCCACUAUAAGCGGGAAUUUUUGCGUGGUUUUAUGAAGAUUCGAGGCCAUGAACAAGAUUGCGUGAGACGAAGAGUUAUGAAGUCGGUCAUUAAUAAUCCCUACUGCUCAGAAGCAGCGGCAAAGGAUGCCAUGGAAGCAGUUUGGGAUGUUUGUUACAAUGAUACACAGCCAUUUGACAGAGCUCCUUGAAAUACAGUGACAAGUAUCUGUAUUGUACACUCUAGCCUUAUGGGAGAAACAUUGUCAUUCGCCAAUUUUUACUGGCAACUGAUAUAUUUCAGUAACAAAUAUCUUUAUUGUAGACUCUGGCCUUAUAGGAGAGACAUUGUUAUUCUCCGAUUUUUACUGGCAAAUGAUGUAUUUCAGUAACAAGAUCCAAGAAAUUUGCUCGCAGUGUGAGG